AUGGGCUCUGAGAAGGACUCCGAGUCGCCGCGCUCCACAUCCCUACACGCGGCCGCGCCGGACCCCAAGUGCCGCAGCGGCGGCCGGCGCCGGCGCCUCCCCUUCCACAGCGUCUUCUCCGCCUCGGCCCGCGGCCGCCGCGCCCGAGCCAAGCCGCAGGCCGAGCCGCCGCCGCCGGCCGCGCCGCCGCCGCCGCCCACCCCGGCGCCCGCCCCGGCCCCGGCCGCGGCCCCAGCCCCGCUGCCCGAGGCGCUGCCCGCCGAUCCGGUCGCCGAGACCCAGGAGGAGGCCGAGGCGGUAGUGGCGGCGGCGGCGGCGGCGGCGGCGGGGCCCGGGCUCGACGAUGAGGAGGCGGCGGAGGGCGGCGGCCCGGGCCCGGAGGAGGUGGAGUGCCCGCUGUGCCUGGUGCGGCUGCCGCCCGAGCGGGCCCCGCGCCUGCUCAGCUGCCCGCACCGCUCGUGCCGGGACUGCCUCCGCCACUACCUGCGCCUGGAGAUCAGCGAGAGCCGCGUGCCCAUCAGCUGCCCCGAGUGCAGCGAGCGGCUCAACCCGCACGACAUCCGCCAGCUGCUCGCCGACCCGCCGCUCAUGCACAAGUACGAGGAGUUCAUGCUGCGCCGCUACCUGGCGGCCGACCCCGACUGCCGCUGGUGCCCGGCGCCGGACUGCGGUUAUGCUGUGAUUGCCUAUGGCUGUGCCAGCUGCCCAAAGCUGACCUGUGGGAGGGAAGGCUGCCAGACUGAGUUCUGCUACCACUGCAAGCAGAUAUGGCAUCCAAAUCAGACGUGCGAUAUGGCCCGUCAGCAGAGGGCACAGACUUUUCGAGUACGGACCAAGCACACUUCGGGUCUCAGUUACGGACAAGAAUCGGGACCAGAUGACAUCAAGCCAUGCCCACGAUGCAGUGCUUACAUUAUCAAGAUGAAUGACGGGAGCUGUAACCACAUGACCUGUGCGGUGUGUGGCUGUGAAUUCUGUUGGCUCUGUAUGAAAGAGAUCUCAGACUUGCAUUACCUCAGCCCCUCUGGCUGCACAUUCUGGGGCAAGAAGCCAUGGAGCCGUAAGAAGAAAAUUCUGUGGCAGCUGGGCACAUUGAUUGGUGCUCCGGUGGGGAUUUCUCUCAUUGCUGGCAUUGCCAUUCCUGCCAUGGUCAUUGGCAUUCCUGUUUAUGUUGGCAGGAAGAUUCAUAGCAGGUAUGAGGGAAGGAAAACCUCCAAACACAAGAGGAAUUUGGCUAUCACAGGAGGAGUGACUCUGUCGGUCAUUGCAUCCCCAGUUAUCGCUGCAGUUAGUGUUGGUAUUGGUGUCCCCAUUAUGCUGGCUUACGUCUAUGGGGUUGUGCCCAUUUCUCUCUGUCGUGGAGGUGGUUGUGGAGUUAGCACGGCGAAUGGAAAGGGAGUGAAAAUUGAGUUUGAUGAAGAUGAUGGCCCAAUCACAGUGGCAGAUGCCUGGCGAGCCCUUAAGAACCCCAGCAUUGGAGAAAGUAGCAUUGAAGGUCUGACCAGUGUCUUGAGCACCAGUGGCAGCCCUACAGAUGGGCUCAGUGUUAUGCAGGGCCCAUACAGCGAGACGGCCAGCUUUGCAGCACUCUCCGGGGGAACUCUGAGUGGUGGCAUCCUUUCCACUGGCAAGGGAAAAUACAGCAGGUUAGAAGUCCAAGCUGAUGUCCAAAAGGAAAUUUUCCCCAAAGACACAGCCAGUCUUGGUGCAAUUAGUGACAACGCAAGUACUCGUGCUAUGGCCGGUUCCAUAAUCAGUUCCUACAACCCACAGGACAGAGAAUGCAACAAUAUGGAAAUACAAGUGGACAUUGAAGCCAAACCAAGCCACUAUCCACUGGUGAGUGGAAGCAGCACAGAGGACUCGCUCCAUGUUCACGCUCAGAUGGCAGAGAAUGAGGAAGAAAGUGGUGCUCGCAGCAGUGGCAGCAAUGAAGAGGAUCUCCCCUGCAAACACCAAAGCUGUGAACAGAAAGACUGCCUGGCCAGCAAACCUUGGGACAUCAGCCUGGCCCAGCCCGAGAGCAUCCGCAGUGACCUGGAGAGCUCAGAUACGCAGUCAGAUGAUGUGCCAGAUCUCACUUCAGAUGAGUGUGGCUCUCCUCGCUCACACACUGCAGCCUGCCCCUCGACUCCCAGAGCCCAAGGUGCGCCGAGCCCAAGUGCCCAUAGGAACCUCUCUGCCCCGGCUGAGGGGAAGACUGUGCUGAAGCCAGAAGGUGCAGAAGCCAGAGUAUGA